AGCAGAUUGGUUAAAACAGAUUUGAUAAUGAAGAUGAAAGUAAGCUAGGUGAAUUUCUACAUUCGGAUAAGUUGGUUAAAAUGGAGAUUUAGCAAAACAGAACUCCACCUUUUGGAGAAAUGGAUUUAAAAUAUUGUUUUAUAUUACUGUUUGGUAUCAUAAAUGAGGUACUACAAGUCUCAGGAAUUGCACCUAAAGGUCAUCCUAGAGAGAUGAAAACAAAAUCAGUGGAAAAAAAUCUUAUCAGAAUGUUAUUAAAUCGAUAUGAACAAUUUGGUGUAAUUGGACGACCAGUAAAUGACAGCAAAAUUAAAGUUGAUGUUCGUUAUGGAUUACAACUUUUCCAAAUUUUGGAUUUAGAUGAAAAUAAACAAAUUUUACGAACUAAUUGUUGGUCGAUGUAUAAAUGGACAGAUUCUCUUCUUCGUUGGAAUGAAAGUGAUUAUGGAAAUAUCAAAACAGUUCGAAUAUUCCCUUCACAGAUUUGGACGCCGGAUAUCAAACUGUAUAAUUUUGCUGAUGAACGCUUACGUGAACACAGAGAUGCUCGUGUUGUAGUGUCAAGUAACGGAGAAAUGUUAUGGGUUCCACAAGCACUGUUUAAAAGUACAUGUGAAGUUGAAAUCACAUAUUUCCCGUUCGAUACACAAAUAUGUAUGCUAGAAUUCGGAUCUUGGACGUACGAUAAAACACAAAUGGACAUAUCAUGGUGGAUUCCAGAUUCACCUCCCAUAGAAGAAAUGCCAUAUUUAGAUUUCUCAGAUUACGUACCAAGUAAUGAAUGGCGUACGGAUGGUGAGAAAGAACGUGAAGUACACCAUGUUAACCGUACUAUACAAAUUCGAUCAGUUAAGAAACAUCGACGUCGAAGUCAAACUGUUGGUAACGAAGUGAUCACAAGAGAAUAUCCAGUUUUACGAUAUUUAAUACGUUUGAGAAGGAACCCGAGUUUUUAUGUAUUCAUGUUAGUGAUUCCAUGUGUGUUGUUAUCAUCUUUAACAUUGGUUGUAUUUUGGUUGCCUCCAGAAUCUCCAGCAAAAAUGAUGCUUGGAAUGAAUAUAUUUGUGGCUUUUUUUGUCUUAUUAUUACUACUUGCUGAGUCUACACCAAGUGCCGUGAAAAAUUUUCCAUUGAUCGGUGUAUUUUUCUGUUUAAAUAUGAUCAUGAUCACUUUAUCAACAUUUUUAGCCACCAUGGUUAUCCAUCUUUAUUUUCGUGGUGAUCGUAAAGGUGCAGUACCAUAUUUUCUACGUCGAAUUAUAAUAGAAGGGAUUGGGAGACUAACAUUAGUAAGACAAAGAAUCCCAUUGCCAGAUGUAAAGAAUUCAAAAAGGAAUGUUUUUGCAAAAUAUCACAGAAAGACUCUUAUCUCCCAAAUAUCUCCUGCUAAAACCAAACAGGCUUAUCAAAACAGAUGUAAAAAUGAACAAAACAGAUAUUUUGGGGGUGGAUUUUUCCCGCAAUGUAGUGAAUCAGUCAAUCAACCUGCUUGUGGAGAUCAAUAUUUCGAAAAUGUCACCACUAACUGGUCUGGUUCAAAUGAAUUUCAAACACUUAAAGAAUAUUCUGGGAAAUCCUGUCCACAUAUGAUGAAAACGUCAAUCAAACUUAAUCAUCGAAUACCGGAAAUUUUACAGCAAAUUAUGCAUAAUGAUCAUAAUAUGAAUAAUUAUCCAUUCAGAAUGAUAAACUAUGAUGAAUCAGAAAGUUUUAAUUCAACCACUACACUUGAACGUGAUGUUAGAGAACUGAAAAAAUAUGUUAAAAUAGUAGUUAAUCGACAGAAAGAAACAACUCAUAAAAGUUUAAUAGCUAUGGAAUGGCGUACUUUAGCAAUUGUUUUAGAUCGUUUAUUUUUCUUCAUAUAUAUUACUACUAUUCUCAUUGCGGUUGUUGUUUCAGUACCAUAUAACAUCGAAUUAGAAAUACCAGAAGAAUUUCAAGAUUCAGAAGAACGAGUAAAAAACUGAUGAGUUCUUUUUUGAGGAAUAUACAUAAUUUGGUAAUUCAUUUCCAUAUCAUUACUAGAUUGUGACUUUUUGGAAGGAAUACAGAAAAACACAACCAUCACAUCGUCUUCUCCCGUUAUUUGACUUAUUAAAUAAUACAUGAUAGUUAUAUAUAUAUAUAUAUAUAUUAUAUAUAUAUAUAUAUAUAUUUGAAAUUAUCAUUUUUCCACCAAUUACAUUAAAUUGACUUACUUUCUUUUUCCCAAUCGAAUUGAAGAAUUACCAAAACGUGGACAUUUUUAUUCCUGAUAAGCACUUUUAUAAUGAUUUAUUUUUCUUUAAAAUGCUAAGAAUUACAUGUGCUUUUAUUAUUUAAAAAAAUUGGACAUUUUAUUCAUAAAACUACUUACAACAACAAGAUGGAUUUAUCGAUUGUAGGAACUAAGUAAACAUCUAAGUUGUAGUUCUGUUUGUUAUAAGGAUAUAAUAAAAUCGAAAUUAUCUGAUUGGAGUGUUUCGAGUUGUUGUGAAUUGACUUGAGUGAGUCAAGAGGAAUUAAGCGAAGUCCCAUCCUAGAGUGAAAUACUUUAAGGGUGAUUAUCUAGAGCCCUGAGCUGUAUAAAACUCCGAACUUUUAGGUCUCGAGACGAUUUCUUCCGACUAUUUCGCUACCGAUUCCAUCUACCAACACCAGUCAACGGUCCCAACCGAAACCUUAUGUAAUUGUUCCUGAACAGAUCCCCUUGUCAGCAAGCUUAUUAUUGCUUCUAUAGAAAUGUUUAUCAAUAGGCUAUUUUUUUAAUUUUUUCUAUCAAAUAUAUCAACUUAAUGUCUUGUUCUUUUGAACCAAAAUAAAAUCCUUUGUGUAUUACUAUUCAACAAAAUCUAUAAACUAUUGGGUGUAAAACUUGAAAAAGCAUAUUACGAAAUAUUGGCUCUUAGAGAUUUAUUGGUGACAGUUUUCAUUCACUCUUAAAAUAUGGCGCCAAUCAUUUCAUCAGUGAUAUUAGCUAUACUUUUGAGAAUAUCGGAAUUGGGCAACUGAGACUUCACAAAUCAUCAUAACAUUAUUGAUGCCUUUUUAACAACUACAAAAGACACAGUAUCAUUUCUUCCUCAAACAACAAAUGUUGGUGUGAAACAUGUUAAAAGACAUACAGAAGAAGCUAAUUAAGCACAAUCGAACCAAGUGUGCUCAAUUUCAGUUAAUAUGAACUAUCUAUCGCCCGAAAUCUGACUCCGAUUGGAUCGUAUUAUCGAAAUAUACAUCUUGGUUACCCUCAUAUAUAAUCGUCGGCAUAACUCGCAUUAGUGAAUAACAGAAUUAAAUCAGUCAAAUACGAAAAUGAAUUUCGAAUACAUAUAUUUCACACAAUCGUUGAUCUGGACAGACAAUCAGAGAAGAGAGAGCGAAGCGAAAUAACGCGCAGUAGUGGCGAAUGAGUCAAUACGAUUUAAUCAAGUGUGACUCAAUAUUCACAGUCAGACAAAAAUAAGUUACAGACAUGUG